GUUUGCCCCGACAUGCGCUAUAUGGCAUAUAUGUUAUCUUGCUUUUCACUUCCUACCUAGUACAGGCUACUGGCUCACCCAAAGACGUGUCACUUCGACACUACUUGAGUACAAAGUUGUUUGCUUACGCAACAGAUUUAACCUUGUAGCAUCUGAUGUUGAUUAGGAUGCAUCAAACUGGCUUGGCUCGCUGCACAAGUGGCACGCGACUUGUGAGGCAUGUGCUCCCGCGUGGAAGAUGCCGGACAGUUGCCUCUAGCACCAGCAGCAUGCCUGCGACGGAAAAGACGCGGACUUCUUUUCACCAUGGCAUUACAUACACAAGCUACGAGGCAAACACAGCGGGAAUCAAAUUCAACUCCUCAGGCUGGUUAGCUGGCAUGCGUUUCUUCAUACGCCCGCCCACCAAAUGCGUGUGGGGUUGGCCUUACCUUUAAUCCGGCCUGCAUCCCUGCUGCAUGGGUUGUGAGGGCCCAUGGUUCGGAGGUAUGCACCCCCUGGUCCCAGCUAGCAAGCCGCCCGCACGCAUCCCUCUUGUCCCUCACCCCCUCUCUCCCCUGCUGCCGCCGUCCCCCCCCUGCUGCAGGCGUGCGGGUGCUGAUCGACCCAUGGUUCGUGGGCGACCUGGCGUUCAGCGGCGCGGAGUGGCUGUACGCGGGGCGCAAGCGGGUGAUCGGGCGGGAGACGCUGGUGGAUGUACGGCAGGUGGCGGCGGAGACGGAUGUGCUGGUGGUCACACAGGGUCUUGACGACCACUGCCAUCUGCCCACCCUCGCCGCGCUGCCCGACAAGUCGCUGCCCGUGGUGGCCAACGCGGAGGCGGCUGCGCGCAUGCGGCCGCUGGGCUUCACCCGCAUCACCGUGCUGGCACCCGGGCAGGAGACGUGCGUGACGGGGGAGGCGGGCGGGAGGCUGCGGAUACUGGCGACUGCAGGUGCGCUGGUGGGCCCCCCCUGGAGCCCCCGCCAGCUGGGCCUGCUGCUGCGGGAGGAGCUGCCGGCCGGGGAGCGCCCCGCCUCGCUGUACUUCGAGCCGCACUGCGACUUCGAGGCGGCCAGUGUGGCGGAGGGGCUGCGGAGGCUGGGGCUGGGAGGGCAGGCGCAGGGGGGGCAGCAGGGGCUGGCGGCUGGUGGCGGUGGUGUGGAUGUGGUGGUGUCGCCGGUUGUGAGCACACUGCUGGGGGCGGGGCCGGCGAGCUAUGAGCUGGUGCAGGGCGCUAGCAACCUGGUGUCGCUGCUGCGGCUGCUGCGGCCCAAGGUGCUGCUGCCGCUGCUCAACCACGAGCUGGACGCGAGCGGCCCGCUGGCGGCGCUGCUGCGGCAGCGGGGGGACGAGCGGGCGGUGCAGGAGGUGCUGCGGCGGGAGGGGCUGGCCACGCGGGUGGAGUACCCCGCACCGCCCGGGGAGGCGCUGGCACUGGCGCUGUGAGGCGGAG